UACUUCAGUGAGAGAGAGAGAGAGAGAGAGAGCAUUUUUCCCGAUUAUUGUAUUUCUCUGUAGGGUUUGCUUCUCUUUUUAAUAUCGAGAAGGAAAGAGAGGUGCAUUUCAUCGAUUCUUCUUCUUUCCCCUCUAGGGUUUGAGAGAGAGAUUCUCUCUCAGCAGCAGCAGCAGCAAUGAGUACUAUGAAGUUUUGCCGCGAAUGCAACAACAUUCUCUACCCAAAGGAAGACAAGGAACAGAAGGUCCUCCUCUUUGCCUGUCGAAACUGUGAUCAUCAGGAGGUUGCUGACAAUAAUUGUGUUUAUCGAAAUGAGAUACAUCACUCGGUUGGUGAGCGCACUCAGGUCUUACAAGAUGUAGCUGCUGAUCCAACUCUUCCUCGAACUAAAACUGUUCGAUGCGCUCAAUGCAAUCAUGGAGAAGCUGUAUUCUUCCAGGCAGCUGCCAGGGGCGAGGAAGGUAUGACUUUGUUCUUUGUCUGCUGCAAUCCUAAUUGCGGCCAUAGAUGGAGAGAUUGAUGAAUCUGAUGGUACUGAAUUUUCUGGAGACUGCCUACUUCUCAAGCUUCAGUGUAGGCUGACAUUUUGUUAUCUAGGCUUACGAAUGGUUUAAAGGUUUUCCGUUGUAACAAUCUAACACCUUAGAUAUAGAGAUCUUAUCUGAGAUCUCCAAAAUACCAGAUCUCUUUCACAUCAUACUUCCUAUACUGGAACUAUUACCAUCUUUAACUAUUAUAGUUAUCUUGGUUUUCUGGCA